CUGGAUCUGUCCAGGAAUCAGCUCCGGAAAGCCCUGCCUGAAGCGUUUUCAUACCUGUCUUGGCUAACUAGUCUCAACCUGGAACUGAACAGGUGGAACUGUACGUGUGAGCUGAGGGAGCUGGCGUCUUUCCUCACCAGCUACAUGGAGGCUCCGGAUAAGGUUGUUUGUUUUAACCUCUUAUUGUUGUCUUUUCAUACAAUUAUUUAAUUUGGACUGCACAUUGUAUGAAAGAUACUAAAUAAUGUUUAUUAUUCUUGUUCAGGUGCUGUUCAACGGGCGUAGGAUGGUGUGUGUGAGUGCUGACAACCCGGCAGUGAAGACUGUGUUGGAGCUGACGGAGGCCAACUGUGUUCCACCCAAUCAGAACAUCACAGUGCAGGUGGAGGCCAAGAACUCAGUCUCUCCUCAGCGCUACACCAGAGACCUGGCUCUGGCCGCUGCCUUCUGCUUCGCUGGUCAGUACCUCAGGAACUAUCUCCUCAAUGGCCACAUGUACAGUUGAAGUCGGAAGUUUACAUACACUUAGGUUGGAGUCAUUAAAACUCGUUUUUUCAACCACUCCACAAAAUUCUUGUUAACAAACUAUAGUUUUGGCAGGUCGGUUAGGACAUCUACUUUGUGCAUGACACAAGUAAUUUUUCCAACAAUUGUUUACAGACAAAUUAUUUCACUUAUAAUUCACUGUAUCACAAUUCCAGUGGGUCAGAAGUUUACAUACACUAAGUUGACUGUGCCUUUAAACAGCUUGGAAAAUCCCAGAAAAUGAUGUCAUGGCUUUAGAAGCUUCUGAUAGGCUAAUUGACAUAAUUUGAGUGAAUGGAGAUGUACCUGUGGAUUUAUUUCAAGGCCUACCUUCAAACUCAGUGCCCCUUUGCUUGACAUCAUGGGAAAAUACAAAGAAAUCAGCAAAGACCUCAGAAAAAAAAUUGUAGACCUCCACAAGUCUGGUUCAUCCUUGGGGGCAAUUUCCAAACGCCUGAAGGUACCACGUUCAUCUGUACAAACAAUAGUACACAAGUAUAAACACCAUGGGACCACGCAGCCGUCAUACUACUCAGGAAGGAGACACGUUCUGUCUCCUAGAGAUGAACGUACUUUGGUGCGAAAAGUGAAAAUCAAUCCCAGAACAACAGCAAAGGACCUUGUGAGGAUGCUGUAGGAAACAGGUACAAAAGUAUAUAAAUACACACAGUAAAACGAGUCCUAUAUCGACAUAACCUGAAAGGCCGCUCAGCAAGGAAGAAGCCACUGCUCCAAAACCGCCAUAAAAAAGCCAGACUACGGUUUGCAACUGCACAUGGGGACAAAGAUCGUACUCUUUGGAGAAAUGUCCUCUGGUCUGAUAAAACAAAAAUAUAACUGUUUGGCCAUAAUGACCAUCGUUAUAUUUGGAGAUAAAAGGGGGAUGCUUGCAAGCCGAAGAACACCAUCCCAUGAUGGGAGUGGCAGAAUCAUGCUGUGGGGGUGCUUUGCUGCAGGAGGGACUGGUGCACUUCACAAAAUAGAUGGCAUCAUGAGGAAGGAAAAUUAUGUGGAUAUAUUGAAGCAACAUCUCAAGACAUCAGUCAGGAAGUUAAAGCUUGGUUGCAAAUGGGUCUUCCAAAUGGACAAUGACCCCAAGCAUACUUCCAAAGUUGUGGAAAAAUGGCUUAAGGACAACAAAGUAAAGGUAUUGGAGUGGCCAUCACAAAGCCCUGACCUCAAUCCUAUAGAAAAUGUGUGGGCAGAACUGAAAAAUCGUGUGCGAGCAAGGAGGCCUACAAACCUGACUCAGUUACACCAGCUCUGUCAGGAGGAAUGGGCCAAAAUUCACCCAACUUAUUGUGGGAAGCUUGUGGAAGGCUACCCGAAACGUUUGACCCAAGUUAAACAAUUUAAAGGCAAUGCUACCAAAUACUAAUUGAGUGUAUGUAAACUUCUGACCCACUGGGAAUGUAAUGAAAGAAAUAAAAGCUUAAAUAAAUCAUUAUCUACUAUUAUUCUGACAUUUCACAUUCUUAAAAUAAAGUGGUGAUCCUAACUGACCUAAAACAGGGAAUUCUUACUAGGAUGAAAUGUCAGGAAUUGUGAAAAACUGAGUUUAAAUGUAUUUGGCUAUGGUGUAUGUAAACUUCCGACUUCAACUAACUUUUCUCUUCUUAAAUAGUGGUAAAUACAGUAUAUGAAAUUGAUUGGCUUCUGUAUCAUUCAUUCAACACUGUAAAGUGUAUCAACACUAAAGUACAGUGUGUUUUGUCUUUUAUCCCCCUACAUAAAUAAGUCAGUCAGCUGUAACUCAUAACUAUGCUAAUAAUUUAAAGGUGGUGUUGGACUCACCCUAGCUGUGGUGUACAUUUUUCACCACAAACUGGAGACGAAUAAGAGAGACCGGACUGGAGCUGAGGAGGAGGAGAAUAGGAGGACAGCACCCACCCAAACAGUCCCCCAGUGGGAUCUGAGCAGGGAGAACCAAGCCCUACACUUGGCUCGAAUGGGACUGGAAACCAAGCUGACGCUCCUCAAUAGCAACCAGCAAGGCAGCCACCUUCAGCCCUGGGAAAGGGAGAAAGCCAUGUAUGAUCUGAGGAUGGGUAAAGACGGCUGCCAUUUUACAUGCCCCCACUGUGGCCCUGCACUCACUGGGUCUGCAGUGGAACAGGGGGGAGGAGUUGGACACAUAGACGCGGCCCUGGACAUGCUCAGGCAGGGCGGAGCCCAACCUAAUAAGAUGGAGAGUCUGGCCAUGACAGAAGAGAGGGAUGAGAGGAGUAGACACGUGCCACCGCAAGCACUGAUCUCAAAGAUGAAAGGUGAGCAUGUUUUGGUGACUAUUUCCCUGACUGUGUAGCUAGCACAUGGGGAUGCGUGAAACGUACUCCUCAGCAUGAAGUGUCGCCACAAAAUUGUUAACUUAUCGGUGGCGCCGACUGGUAAAACGCUUCGGGAGGGCGGUUACGUGUGCUAGCAAAGCAGAGGUCCUGGGUUCAAGCGUCAGUGUGAGCCGAAUCAGGCAGAAGUGGUACUCGCUAAGCAGGGUUGGGAAGGUUACUUUCUAAAUGUAAUCCAUUACUAGUUACCUCUCCGAAAUUGUAAUCAGUAAUGUAAUUUUUGGAUUACCCAAACUCAGUAGCAUAAUCUGAUUACUUUCAGUUACUUUUGGAUUAUUUUCCCUUUAAGAGGCAUUAGAAGACAAAAAGGCAUCAAACGCAUUUAGUGUGUCUCUGACUUGUGGAUAAAAUGCAAACUUUAUUCAAUGAAUGUCAUUGAGAAAACAGAAAGGUGUCAUAAUGUGUUCUUUUUUUCUGCAAACAUCCUUUCUGAAUUUUAGUUUUUCUAAGUAUCUGUAAUCUGAUUACAAUAUUUUAGCUGGUAACGUAACUGAUUACAGUUGCAGUUUCUAUGUAAUGAGUUACUCCCAAACCCUGUCGCUAAGCAAGGAGCGUGACGUCCAUUACAACUGCAUAGACUGUUAGGAUGAGAGAAUGAAGGAAAAUGUAUUAGGAUGAAAGAAAAUUAGACUACAGACAAUACAAUAAGUAAUUGACAGACACACAAACUUCAGAUUAUCAAAGAUUUAUCUAACACUGUCUUUCCCGGUGUUCAUACAUAGAUCUAAGAGGUCAAAGGCCAUUUAACAGGAGACCAGAGGGUCAGAGCAACCAUACUCUCAGUCAUCAGGAGUUUCUCCAUCACCAACAGGGUUAUAAAAAACAUGGUCCUAAUGGCAACAACCAGCCAUUGGGUGGCAGCAACAGCUACUUUUCGCCUGAUCAAAGAAACAUGUCCACACAUAACAGUGUAAAAUAUGAGAUGGCAAGGCCUAGAAAUUACAUUGACAACAAACAGUCAAAUUUCUAUUUCCAACCAGAGGGUGGGAGACCUGUGACUGACUAUCAACCCCAAAUCACCAGCUGUGUGAACUGUCACAGAACCUAUGAGUACAGACAGCCAGGGGAUAAAGUCAGGGAUGUUUCAUAUGGACUCCAUGCAAGAGAAUCUGCUGGGUAUGAGGGAUUCCCCAACCACAACCAACUGACAAGCCUAAAUAUGGGAAAGAACAUGAACUACAACCAGUCUAAUGUGGGCAUCUAUGCAAAGCAUGCAAGUGAGCAGAGGAGUGUGACUUUUGACUUGGAAAGAUCUGGAGUGCAUGUCGUUGAUGUACAAAAGAUUAACCGUGAUAGGGAAGGCAAACAUGACAGGAUUCAAAGUUCUAAGAAUGUGGAAUAUAGUGACAAGCAGACCCUGAGCUAUGAAGGCACUGGACGAUCUGUGAGGAAUAAUGCUCUUGAAAGAGAAGACCACUCCAAAAGGCAUAAACAUAAAGUCCAGUCAAAUGGUUUACUAAAAGUAAAGCUCAACCUUAACCCACUUAAGAAAAGCAAGGUCCAUCCAAGGAAAAACAGCCGCGAGAAACUAGAACAAGGUGAUAGAGAACGAACCAACUCCAAGAACCGAAAACUGAAAACGAGGGUUAAAGAUGUCAAAGGCAAAAGGCACCACCAGGAUGAGUCUAAAGGAAAAACAGACAUAUCCAAUAAAGGAAACUCGACUCCCAAAAACAAAGCCAAUCAGUCAACCAAAAAUAAAUCUACCACCAGCAAGUCUAAAGAAACUGAUGAUAAUUAUGAAGAUAAUGAGUCAGAAGAGGAGGAAGAUAAGGAAGGCCACAGAAAAACAAGGCAUCCUCCAAGCAAAACAGGAACACCAGGAAGGCUCGAAUUACCAUCCCAA